AUGGAAAAUGCCUCAGCUUUAGUGUUCACUCUGUCUGGUUUAAAUGGAACAGAGAAGUACAGGAUCCCUCUGUUUGUUGUAACAUUUUUGUGUUACGGUUUCAUCUGGGUGGCUAAUGUGACUGUUAUACUGAUUAUUAUUAUGGAUAAGAACCUCCAUGAACCAAUGUAUAUUUGUCUAUGUAACCUUUGCAUCAACGGACUGUUUGGUACUGCAGGUUUUUUCCCCAAGUUCCUCAGUGACCUCCUCUCCUCCGCUCAUGUUAUUUCAUAUGCUGGGUGUUUGGCGCAGGGAUUUGUGCUCCAUGCCUCUCUUACUGCUGAUUUGUCUCUUCUGUUACUUAUGGCUUUUGACCGAUAUGUGGCGAUUUGUCGGCCUCUUGUGUACCACUCUAUAAUGACAAGACAAAGACUUUCAGUAAUGAUCUUUUUUGCUUGGUUUGUUCCUUUGCAGCUUAAUGCAUUAGGCCCUAUUGCAACAUCCACCAUAAAACUCUGUGGGUCACAUAUACCAAAGCUCUACUGCAUUAACUAUUUAGUAAACAGACUUGCUUGUGCUCCCUUUAUAGCAGAUAUUAUAAUCCCAAGUUUUAAUUACACAUUUUACCUUGGCCAUUUUGUUGCCGUAUUUUUGUCCUAUAUUAACAUUAUAAAAACAUGCAUAAAAUCAGCGGAAGGCCGAGAUAAAUUUAUGAAGACAUGUUUACCACACAUUAUAUGCCUCACAGUCUUUUCUUCUGCAAUAAUAUUUGAUUUGAUGUACGUGAGAUUUGGUUCAACUUUAGCAGAUGGUGUGAAGAAUUUUUUGGCAAUUGAAUGUCUUCUUAUCCCCCCAUUAUUUAAUCCUCUUAUAUAUGGCCUAAAGUUGACAAAAAUUAGGAAUAGAGUCCUACAAAUUGUUGGCCUUAACCAAAAAUAG